AAGAAGAAGAGGGUUUAUGUUUCAGGUUUUAUCUUCUCGUCUUGGACGAAAGCCGGAGGAUAUUGUCAAGUUAGAUGCUAAUGAGAAUCCUUAUGGCCCUCCUCCAGAGGUCAUGCAAGCCCUAGGGUCGAUAAAAUUCCCAUAUGUCUAUCCAGAUCCAGAGAGCCGCCGGUUGCGUGAAGCUCUCGCUCAAGAUUCAGGCCUUGAAUCUGACUAUAUUCUUGUAGGAUGUGGUGCCGAUGAGCUUAUUGAUUUGAUCAUGCGUUGUGUGCUUGAUCCUGGUGACAAGAUUGUCGAUUGCCCUCCAACUUUCACAAUGUAUGAAUUUGAUGCCGCAGUUAAUGGAGCACUCGUCACCAAAGUUCCAAGGAGGCCCGACUUCAGCUUGAAUGUGGAACACAUAAUCGAGGUUGUUAAACAAGAGAAGCCCAAAUGCAUAUUUUUAACAUCUCCAAACAAUCCAGAUGGGAGGUUUGAAGAGUGAUUGGUUAUUAGAGAGCAGUAGUUUUGCAGAGAGGAGUAAGCAGUACAAGUGGACAACAAGUAGAGGUCCCUCCCACUUUCACUUUUGAUUUGAAAAAAGAUGCAUUGGGAGAGUCCAAGUCCAAGAAGGCACAGAACAGUGUACAGACUGUUUCUGUUCUGCUAAGUCUUUGCAGUUACAGAUUCAUUAAAAAUGUUUUACUAUCAUUCAGAUUCUGAUUCUUCUUAAAUCUUUAUACUUUUUUGACAAUCUGUGUUCCUGCUCUGCAUUAAGGGUAGGGUACAUUGCAUUUUAGUCUAAUGCUAUUCACUUCUUUUUACAUUCACUUUAUUACACAUAUGGCUCCUAAUAUAUGUUACAAUUAGUCUAAUUUUUAAGUUCCUUAUUGCUUUUACUACUACUUAAUCAUCACAGAUAGGCACUAAAAUGUUGAUUAUCACAAGAAUUUCAGGGAACAGCAAUGGCUUCACUAAUUCAUAUGCAGAAAAUUCUAUCAAAUAGGAUGCAACAUUUUUCAAGCAUUGAAAAAGCUGAAUCAAUUGGAUGGUCUCUGCAACUUCUAUCAUUUGCAUGUUUAUCUUUAGCAGCAAAUAUGGAGGAACCCCUU